GUCUCAGUAGUUUUUGAUCAACAUUGGUGUACCACGUGUUUAGCACUGUUUGCGUUUUGUUUUUCGCAUAGGUUUUGGGUUAAAACGAUCAUUGUUCUCAGAAAUCCGAACUCGAAAUGGGUACGCCAGCUGGACGACGUAAGAAAAAGGCAGGACAAAAAGGUUCAAGUCAUCUAACAAAAAUUAUGAAAACUAAGCGAAAAACGAAAGAUCACGACCAAAUACACGAUGAUUUGGUACCUUGUGUAGCGGAUAAGAUGCUCAACCAGGACGUCGACCACGACAAGCCCGGUGCAGCCCAGCAUUACUGCAUUACCUGCGCUAGAUACUUCCAGGACGAAAAAGCAUUGAAGGAGCACUUUAGAACAAAGCCGCAUAAGAGAAGGAUUAAGGCCCUUCAGACCGAACCCUACUCGCAGAAGGAAGCAGACGCAGCAGCAGGGAUGGGUUCCUAUCACCUUAGACAGAAGGUUGACGUGAAAACGCAAGCGUUGAAGUCGGAUCAGGCGGCAAAGAUGGAUGAAACAGAAACGACAUAGUAGAGUCUGCUUCCUGCGCAUCCGUCGAAAUGUACGUCUAGCUAACAUGUGCAUUAUUAUAGAAAUCAUAUGGUUUUUCAUUCAUGGUUUAUGGGAAAAGGGUUAUGAAAAUUGUUUCAUUCAUCUUUUUAAUUCAGUAAAAUUUUCAAGGUCGACAUUUAUUAUACUAUAAGCUUGCAAACUGCAAAGUUUAACACGACUUGAGCAUACAUAGAUAGCCAAGUGAUGUCACCUUAUUGUAUAUGAACUGUCUAGAUAUAAGUGGAUGAGGCAUUCAUGUUUGUGUACUGAUAUUGUUAGUUAUGCUGGUUACCAGUUAAAAUAGUGUAUAUAAUAUAUGUACAUACAUGCUGAAAGCACCCGGCCUCACUUGUUGCCGAUGUGCAAACCUGAUUUAAUAAGAUGCACAAGCACUCGUUAGUACUGUAGUAAGAAUUAACAGUAGUCUUUGUUAGGAAAAUUGUGACAAAUUAGCUGUGUAUGCAGAUGUGUGUUGGCAUUGUAUGGUGAUGGAAUGUUUUUUCUCUUAAUGUAUGAACACCUGUAAUAUAGAAAAGAUUUUUUGGAAUAUUUCAA